AGCAUUGGUGGCAUUGGUGUCCUUGUCAACACUAACUUGGCCAUGAGCAUUGAUUCAUUUGAAUGCCUAACAACCCAAAUCAGAUGAUUAUGCUUGAAUAGAUGUGGCUCACUGCCAGCAGUUUCUAUCUUUGUUGUCGAUGCAACAACAUCCAACUAUGAUGAAGAAGAAAUUGAGAAGUUCUACAUGGUACUGGAGAGGUUCUAUAAAGAAGACCACACCUUCUACAAGAUCAUUGUUGGUGAUUUUAAUGCCAAGAUAGGACCAAGAAGGUCGCUGGAAGAACUCCACAUUGGGCCCCACGGCCUAGAAUGGAACAAACAGGGUGAGAGACUGUCUGAGUUCAUCAUGUCGACCAAGACCAUCCAUGGAAACUCACAGUUCCAGAAGGCCGAAUCUAAACGCUGGACAUGGGAGUCUCCCGGUGGACAGUUCCACAAUGAAAUUGACCACAUCAUAUUCAAUCGAAUAUUUUGCCUGACUGAUGUUGCUGUAGUCCCAAAAUUCCAAACGGGACCGGACCACCAUCUCCUUUGUGCAAAAUUCUACUUCACAGAGCAGGGAGAAAGGAAUGCAAAGUUUCAGUUUAAGAAGAGAACUCCCAGAAUGACCACCCACUGGGAGCUCUCUGGCACUAUUGCAACAAUGUGGGAAGGUGUCGUCAUUGACAACAUUCACGAGGAAUACGAUCAACUGGUUCAGCACCUCCAUGAUUGUGCGAAAAAUGCCAAGAGCAGGAAAACCACAAACAGACGUCUGUCUUCAGAAACUCUCGAGCUCAUUCGUCACCGUGGUUUGGCGAGAGUCUCAGGCAAUCACAUGCUAACGUCCAAGCUCACAAAGCUGUGCAGAGAAGUGAUAAAGGAAGACCUCAAAGAGAGAAGAGGAGCAGUGUUGGCCGAUGUGGCAGAAGCCCGGAAAAGUAUUUGCAACACUCGCCUGUCCUUCGCCAACAAUAAGACCAAGAUAACUGCCCUUCGAUGUCUUGAUGGAUCUAUCACAUCUUCCAAAAGGGCAAUGGAGAUUAUUCAGGACUUCUAUUCGUAUCUCUACAACAGCCACAUUCACCUACCUACAUACGAAAUUCUGCAGGAUGAUAUGUCAUUCCCAAUGUUCUCCCCUCUGAAAACUGACAUGCCAUUUUGUCAGUAA